UGAUUGCAAGAUGGGAUUCUCAUCUCAGAUUUGUCUUAAAUCUGCUAAGCUGCUAUUUUGUUGUGAAUAGUUGCACUUUUGACUUUAAUACUUGAAAAAAGUUUGACAGUAAUAAGUGGUUACUGUGUGUUGCACUGAAUAUUUUUAUUGCUGGGUGCCUGUUACACUAAUGUGACUGUGAUUACUGAUUAAUGUUUGCACAGGAGUUCAGGAAGUGCUGCUAUUUUACUGUGUGUAAAAAAACACUUAUGGUCACUUCUGGAAAAAGUUGGCUGUUAUUGCUCUAUUUAAUUUCAAAUGGUUCUAAAGCAGAGAGAGAAAAGAAAAAAAUUCUCAAAGCACUAAAAGCAGUGAUUUAUUUUCUUUUUCAGGUUUAAAAUGCCAUAUUAUCCAAUACACCCUGUACCAUUUUAUUUUAUUUUAUGAUAUUUAUGUCAAAGAUACAGGAAAGUGAUAGUACACACAUAGCAGCCAAUAAAAUCUUUAGUUUAAUGUCUGACUGCUUCAGUGUUUGUAUUGCCUCAUGACUGAUGAAAAUUUGCCUUGUUGCAUGCAGUAGAAUUUCGAUGCAUCGCAAUGCAUCGUAGAAUCAAAUUGAAUCGUUACCUGGUGAAUCGUAAUUGAAUCGAAUUGUGAGGGCAGUGCCAAUGCACACCCCUAUUGACCAGGUAGAUCUUAAUAACUUUAGACCAAUCUCAAACCUACCUUUUCUUUCUAAAAUAUUAGCAAAAGUAGUGGCAAGCCGGCAUACGCUAAAUUCCAGGGGUUUCAUUACCACGACGUAAAGUGGGCGUUUCUGGGCGUCUUGGAAAUGUCAUGGGCUUGCCAGACCUUUUGUACUAGACUCAGGUCUGAGUGUAUCUGGCAAGGCCAUGACAGUAUUAUGUUCUGUGUGGGGACAUGUGGAGUCAUAUAUUAUGUGUGGCUGCCACGUGUUCCCAGUGUUUUGUGGCUGUCAUGGUCUUGCCUGACCUUGGUUAUGUUUCAGGUCGGAUGUUAGAGGGCAAGGUUAUGGCAGCAUUGUGUUUACGUGGGGACACAUGUUUUUUCACAUCAUGUAUGUGUGACACGUGUUCCCAGUGUCUUGUCACUUUCACCCUACUCCCUUAUGUACUCGUGUCUUACGUGAUUAAUUAUGUUCACCUGUUCCCCAUUGAUGUGGUGUCUUUAUUAUGCCCUCGCGUUCUCUGUGUUGUGCGCGUUCGUUGUCUAAGUUCAGUGUUCAUGUCAUCCGUGUUUGCUGAUAUCUGUUCCCGUGUUUGUGUUCCAUCACGGUCUUUAGUUAUCCUUUGUUUUACCCCCACGUGGGUGUUUCUGUUAUUUUGUAAAUAAAUUCAUAGUUAUAUUUUUGUAUCCUUGCGUUUGGGUUCUUUCCUUUAGUUUUGUGUAAACGUAUCGUGACAGGAAAACGCCCUUUUUCAAAAAAAGAAAAAAAGAGGUCAUCGAUCAUGCGCAGAAUGCUGUUUUACGAGUUCGCCUCACUGACAAUAAAGUGGGACUGCUAAUAUGCGUGAGUGGCGUGCUGUCCUGGGGCGAAGGUUCCGAGCUCGGGAAAUACCCCCCGAGUUCAGAACGUUCGUCCCUUGACCGGGGAAGGAGCCCCGGGCCUGGGGCGUGCCCUGACCUGGGUUAUCCCCGGUGCUGAGCUAAAUGUACGUAGUGAGGCGAAGGGGUGGAGGUGGGUUUGCAAUAAUGUCCCAGAGAAUUGAGGGUAAGGACUCUAUGAUUAUUUAUAGAGCUGGUACUAAGUUGUUGUGUUGAUUAGUGAUUGAUAACCAGCCGUGUUCAUUGCUUAAUCAUCGAGAGCCAGCCGUGUUCAUUGAUUAGUGAUUGAGAGCCAGCCAAGUUCAUUGAUUAGUGAUUAAGAGCCAGCCAUGUUCAUUGAUUAAUGAUUGAAAGCCAGCCGAGUUCAUUGACUGAUCAGCUCCUCCCAAACCUUGUUUAUAUAAAACAUCAUUUUAUUGCGCGGGUAUUUCCAAUCCCGGGAUUAACUCCGAUGGAUAACGAGGUAGAAAUAAAAGCACCUACGAUGGAUAAUGAAGGAGGUCAUACAGAUUGGCUCCCAACAAAUUUCAAAAUAUGUACAUCAUCGGAAGAGUACAUCACAGGAAUAGUUUCUUCAGAAGAAGAACUGAAACACCUACUGGAAAAUCACAAGCGUGCAUCAGGCACAUCUUACACAGUUUGGUCUGAUGACAGUCACAAAAAACAGAAAGUGACACCACGAUGUCUAUGGAAAGUAGAAGACUAUUCAGAACAUGUCCCACUCUCUGUGAAAAGAAGGGUGAUAUAUGCUUGUCAGCACGGAAAGAACUACAAGAAGACAACCACAACAGAUGAUUUGCAUACUGAACAUGACUACAGAAGAAGAAAAAGGUUCCAUAUUCAAAACAGCAAGAAAGUGGAUUGCCCAGCAAAACUUUGUCCGAUAUGUAGAAAGAUAUGAUCAGUUUGCAGUGGCUAAAACAAGUUCUAGAACUGAAAAACAAGUUGCAAUUAAGGGUGUUCUGGAGUCAUUAAAAGAAAACGGCACCGUCACUUCAGAAAUUAUCCAUGUCAAAAUACCUUUGGCAGGAGCACACAAAAACCACAACACUUCACGAAACUGUCAUUUCUCAAAUAACAUUCAUUACAUGGUGCGUGACAAAAUACAGGAAUAUGUGUCACUUGGAAUAACCUCAGUUCCUUUCCUUAAGAAGGUUCUGAAAACCUUUGUCCAGAAAGAGCUUUCAGGGAUGGGAAGCUUUCUACCGCAUCCACAAGACCCAUCGUACUACCCUUCAAGCCAUGUUAUCCAAAACCAUGUGCAUCAAGCCUUAGUUUGUGGAAAAUAUUCUGGCUUUGAUCAACUGCAGGUAGAAAAAAAAUGUAUGAAUGGAAAUUAACAGAUCCAAAUGCCAAGUUUUUCUUUCGGAAAUGUACAGAGAACAACAUCGAGCAGACAGUUCUGAAGUUUGAAAUGAAAGCAGAAGAACAAGGAUUUCCAGGCACUGAAGACUCUGAUUUGGAGGGAAACAACACACAGGAGAUAACAUCUUCACAAGAAACUUUCUUGUUUAUUCAUCAAAAUGUACAACAACAGGAAUUACUUAAGGGUUAUGGAGAUAUGGUCCUUCUUGAUGCUACUUAUAGAACAACUAAAUAUGCUUUGUUGCAACUGUUUGUGAAGGAUACUUUUUAUUCCAACAUGAAAAUACAACUGUUAUAUUACUUUUGUUUUUUCUUGCAAUAGCCAAGCCUGUUUACGGUAUUAAAAGUUAAGUUGUAUCACUUGUCUAAUAACACUUAAUCUCCCAUGUACUCUCCCUGACAGCCAAGAACAAGUUGUCCCUCUCUGAGCAAAAUGAACUGCUUAACCACCUUCGUGACAUAGCUAGUGCUCCAAGUGAAGCAUCUUGUGAUAGGGAGGUUGAAAGACUCAAGGAGAGCAAAGUUUACAAAUCCCUUGAAGUCAAAAAUUAUGUUGAUAGAAGGUGGUUGUGUGUUCGGGAGGUGAGGUAGGGGAGACCCGGGCUGGUUGUCUCACGGGUUGGUUGUCACACUGCUUAUUCCAGACAUACUACAUGGCACUGUGGUACAAUUUUGAUAUCAAUUUGUUAGCCUUUAAUAGCUUACUCAUUUGCAAUUGAAGUUUUGCGAGCAGACACAAAAACAUUGAUGUUAGGAGACAAUUUUUUAUUUUUAUUGGUCAGAGUAAAUUUUCAUGUUGGUGUUGUUUUUGUGUUGAGAUCUUGUAGGAUAUUAGUCAUUCAAAAACAAAACACUCAUUAAAAAGCUAAAAGUAGUAGCUUUAUUUUGAGUCAUCUUUUAGUGAUCAAGUUAAAGCCGUGUGGCAGCUAGCUUAUUAUGUUCGUCAAGAAGUCAGUUGGGGAUGGUUGUCACAUAGCUUGCGGGGUUGGUUGUCACAUAAGAAUAUUGGACAUGUAGACCUUUUAAGACUGUUUGUGUGUUUGUUUGUUUUUGUUUGCUGUUAAAAUAAAAUAAAUAAAGCAUUAAAUAAAGAGGUUUUAACACUAAAAAUUAUUUCAUUUUAUUUCUCAACACAGUAGACAAUAGGUUUAUGCCCAGCUGCACUACUUCCUGAACUUCAGCCAGCUUCUUGUUUCCUGUCUGCCAUUAUUGGACAAACUGAUUAAUCCAGGGGCCUAUACCAUGAAGGUAGCUGAACAAACUCGGGGUUACAGGAUUGGUUUUGAGUUGACAAAACCAAACCGAUGCAAUCAGGCUUUAUUGGUCCCAUGAAGCGGCUUAUCAACUUUCUCUGUCAACUCAGGCUUUGAUCUUUAGGCUAUGAUUACUCCACCCGCGCGUGCACGUAAAAGAGUGACGUCGGCACCGAACAACCAAUCGGAAUAGAAAUAGAGGGAGCACGUACGAGCAGUGUAUUUUUUUAGCGGAGGAGCAUGAGCUAAUUAUACAAAGUAUGAAGAUUAAUUUUAAGAGCGAAAUAAUACUGCCUCUGCUCUUUUUAAUAUAACAUGUACAUUAACAUGUACUUCAUUGUAUAAUAUAUUUAGGUACCCAAAGUGAAA